AUGUUGUUUUAUUCCUUCUUCAAGACACUAGUUGAUCAACGAGUUACAGUUGAAUUAAAGAAUGAUCUUGCCAUCACAGGUGUAUUAAAGUCGGUAGACCAGUUUUUAAAUAUCAAAUUGGACGAUAUACAAGUUGUGGACGAAGAAAGAUAUCCUCACAUGGCAUCCGUAAAAAACUGUUUUAUUCGUGGUUCAGUUGUUCGUUAUGUUCAACUUCCAGCAGAAGCCGUUGAUACACAUCUCCUUCAAGACGCAGCCAGAAGAGAAGCAGAGCAGCCAUCAACAGCACAGCCCGCCAAUGUUAAGGUCAAAUAA